CGUCUUUAUCUCACAAUACAUUGUCUUUAAGCUUUAUCAUAUUUACACCUAACAACAACAACAGCGUGUAAACUAAAGUGUCCUUAAGUAUCACUUCUUUCUUUCUAAUUUCCUCCUUCUAACUUGUACGCAAAAUUAAUAUCAAAAAAUGGGCACAGCUACCUUCGUUGAUAUCAUUCUUUCCAUCCUCCUACCUCCUCUUGGUGUCUUCCUCAAAUUUGGUUUGGAAGUGGAGUUCUGGAUCUGUUUGGUGCUCACCCUUUUUGGCUAUCUUCCUGGAAUUAUCUAUGCUAUCUAUAUUAUCACUAAGUGAUCCAUCAUCUUCUAUGUUCCCCUCAAUUUACCUUUUGUGGAUCAUGAAUCAUCGUUGUGAGGGAAGGGGUCGUCAUUCGAUUCAGAUAACAUUUGUUUCGUGUAAAAUUGUUAUGUCAUUCAUUUUUUUAUAUUUUUCGGUGUCAAUAGUCUUUUUUUUCUUUUCCUCUGUUUUUAACUUCCGUUUUUGUCCUGUGUGAAAAUGAACAUUGUGAAUUCUAUAAAUGCUAUUAGUCCGGCUCAAGAAUCUUGUUCAUGUACUCUUGACUUUAAUAUAUAUACUCAUGGUGAUUUUAUCAAAAAUAUUAUAUAUUCAAGGUGAA